AUGACUGCUGGAACCCCUUCAACGGCAGUCCAGGUCGCUGAUCCUCUUCGCCCUAAGUACGUUAACACGAGUGGUGUCGUCAACACUGCCGUCCUUGGCAUCAGCGGAGCGUGGCUGUACUUCUACUGUGUUCCUCUGCGUCGUAAGGAAUGGUACGACAUCAUGAUGGACUAUGUUCACCACAAGAGAACUCAGUACGCCUCCAACUUGCCCGACAAGGCAGUCCGUACGGCACUUAGGUUUGCGAAGGUUCGCCCCUUCAGUGAAAGAGAGAUCGACCUGGGAGCUCAGAGCACCGUCACCAUGUCUGGUCGCCAAUGUAAGGUCGUGAGUGAUGAAGCCGGCGUAGCCUCAGUGGCUGGUGCUCGUGAAGGGAAGCAAGCUCAGACUAGGACCUUUGCCUUUGACCACUGCUACGAUAGCAUGGACAGAAGCUCUGCUAAUUACGCCGAUCAGAGCAAGGUUUAUAACGACCUUGGCGAGGCAGUUCUGAAUAAUGCCCUGCAAGGUUACAAUGGAUGUGUUUUCGCCUAUGGUCAGACGGGGUCGGGGAAAAGCUAUUGUAUGUUGGGGGGAAAGGGCGACCCUGGCAUCAUCCCACGUAUCACGAAGGCGCUGUUUCAUGCAGCUGGUAGAGGACAAAAGGACGGUUAUGCUCAGACAAGGGUUUGGGUGUCCUAUCUGGAAAUCUACAAUGAACGGAUAAAGGACCUUCUCUCUACUGAGGAGAAAGAUGGUGAAACCGUAGCGAUUUUCGACAAGCCGGGUAGUGGAGUCCUGGUGUCCGGUAUGGUUGAAGCCGCUGUGGAGGAUAUCAGAGAGGUCAAAGGCUUAUUGGACUAUGGUACUGCGCAACGAGCCGUUGGAGCUACCAAUAUGAACGCACAGUCGUCCCGCUCACAUGCUGUGUUUAUACUGAGGCUACAGAGAGUGUCUGCUGAUCCUACUGCUAAGCCAGACUUGGACGCGAGGAUCAACUUGGUGGACUUGGCCGGAAGUGAACGGCAGGAGAAAAGUGGAGCUAGUGGGGGCCGAUUGAAGGAGGCGAUCGCGAUCAACCAAAGCCUCUCAACGCUGGCUAUGGUCAUCUCUGGGUUGGCGGAGAACAAGUCGGCUCAUAUUCCUUUCCGGAACUCCAAACUUACUUUCCUGUUGAAGGAUUCGCUGUCGGGCAAUAGCAAGACGUUUAUGAUCGCCUGCAUAUCGCCAGCCUUGACGGAGCUGUCGGAGACCGUAUCGACGUUGCGGUUCGCGCAUUCGGCCAAGAUGGUGAGGACUAAAGCGAUGCAGAAUAGGAUUAAGCCCAAUGCAGAGCUUGAAGCGUUGCGGAAAGAGCUCGCUGAUAUCGGACAGAAAUUGUCGGUUCGGGGUGGUAGUAUGGCAGAUCAAGGGCAUGGGGACGAGCAAGAUGAUGAGAUUAGGCGGCUCAAGGCCGAGUUGGAGGAGAAAGAGCAAAGGAUGAAGGCUAUGGCUACUGAUUUCGAGGAACAGCUGAAGGCGGCUAGGCAGGCUGCUGAAGAGAGGAUGAAGAAAAUGGAAAAUCAAGGGCUGGUGUCGACGGAGAAUAUUGCUAAGGACAAGCCGUACCUUUUGAACGUUUCGUCGGAUCCUAUACUCAACGGUACGCUAGCUUGGCAGCUAGACAGAAGUGAUGGAGGUAUAUUGUUGGGUAGUGAUAAGGAAAGGGAUAAGAUUGUUGUUGUUGGUCUGGGCAUUCCGGAAGGGGAGCCUCUGUGUAAAUUUGUGGUGUCGAACGCUGCUGAUCAGCACACCACGGUGGAGGUCCUAUCUGAUGAAGGGGUGGUAACAGUAAACGGUCUUAAGGUCAACAGAGGAGAGAAGCCGACGAAACUGUAG